UGGAACAAACCUCUGAGUGGAUCUGCGUGACACCAAACUCCACCACCAUGCAUCUGUGGAGUGCUGAGGUGGUACCUCACCUGCUCGAGACACACUAACUGCAGCCAGGGGGUCACCUGAUGGCCUCCCGGCCUCGCCACACAUCAGCUCGCUCAGUGCUCAGUGCGCCCUUUGCCCAUCGCUGUGAUGAAGACCGCCAGCCGCGCCCAGCCCUGCAGCAGUCCCCCGCUGGUCCAGAUGAGGCGCUAUACACCCGGGCUAUAUCCUUUCCUAUUCCCUUCGGUCAUCAGCUCCCUGCCACAGCUGCCGCUGCCGUCACCUCAGAGGCUGCAGAUCCAGCAGCCGUCCAGCAGCGGCAGCACACCUUCGCCUGUUGCCAUUGAAACACAGAGCACCAGCUCCGAGGAGCUUGUCCCCAGCCCGCCGUCGCCGCCGCCCCCUCCGAGAGUCUACAAGCCCUGCUUCGUCUGCCAGGACAAGUCCUCCGGAUACCACUACGGUGUCAGUGCAUGUGAGGGCUGCAAAGGCUUUUUCCGCCGAAGCAUCCAGAAGAACAUGGUGUACACGUGUCACCGGGAGAAGAACUGCAUCAUCAACAAGGUGACGAGGAACCGCUGUCAGUACUGCCGCCUGCAGAAGUGCUUUGCAGUGGGAAUGUCCAAAGAGUCUGUUCGAAAUGACCGGAAUAAGAAGAAGAAAGAGAGCCCAAAGCCGGACCUGGCAGAGAGCUACGAGCUGACAGCCGAGCUGGAGAGCAUCAUUGAAAAGAUUCGUAAGGCCCAUCAAGAAACCUUCCCCUCCCUCUGCCAGCUUGGCAAAUACACCACGAACUCGAGUGCAGACCACCGUGUGAGGCUGGACCUGGGCCUGUGGGACAAAUUCAGCGAGCUGGCCACCAAGUGCAUUAUCAAGAUCGUGGAAUUUGCCAAACGAGUGCCUGGCUUCACGGGGCUGACCAUCGCCGACCAGAUCACGCUCCUGAAAGCUGCCUGCCUGGACAUUUUGAUCCUGCGCAUCUGCACAAGGUACACCCCCGACCAGGACACCAUGACCUUCUCGGACGGGCUGACCCUCAACCGGACGCAGAUGCACAAUGCAGGCUUCGGCCCACUCACUGACUUGGUGUUCACUUUUGCCAACCAGCUGCUGCCCAUCGAGAUGGACGACACGGAGACAGGCCUCCUCAGCGCCAUCUGUCUCAUCUCCGGAGAUCGUCAGGACCUGGAGGAGCCCUCGAAGGUGGACCAGCUCCAGGAGCCGCUCCUGGAAGCUCUGAAGAUCUACGUGAGGAAGCGUCGGCCCAGCAAACCACACAUGUUCCCCAAAACCCUGAUGAAGAUCACAGACCUGCGCAGCAUCAGUGCUAAAGGAGCAGAGCGGGUCAUCUCUCUGAAGAUGGAGAUCCCAGGUUCCAUGCCACCGCUCAUCCAGGAGAUGCUGGAGAACUCGGAGGGCCAGGACAGCCAGAGCAGCAGCAGCACUUCAGCUGAGGCAGGCGCCAGCCCCAGCAGCAAGGGCAGCCCCAAAGAGGACGCCCCUGCUGUGGAGUCGCCGGAGUCCCCGGACACUGAGGGGGCCACAGCCACACCGCCCAGCGACGACCCCUAGGAGGCACCCUCGGGUGCCUCUGAGACUUUCUCUGACAUUUCUUUGCACAAAAAAAAGAACAGCCGGGCAAGACGUCGACCCCCUAUAACCCCUCUGCCCCGACUCUUCGACGCUUGGUAUUACCUUAUCUUUAUAUCUUUCUUCUCCCAUUCCCCUAAGAUUCCCUCCUUAAAAAGAAAACAUCAACACGGAGGCCUCAAAGGAUCAGCGCUUUGUGUAUAAUUCUGAAUUGAGCUCUUCUUCGGCAUGGUGUCUCUGGGACUGGGACAGGAAAAGGCGUGGCCCUCGCAAACCGCCAGAGAUGAUACUCCUCAGGUCUCCUGUGUAACUUCUUAUCUGCAUGACGGGAGUUGGAUAAGUGGUUUUACUCCUCUCUCUCUCUCUUUCUCUCUCUCUCUCUCUCUCUCUCUCUCUCUUUUACUCUGUCCUCAUCUCUUUUCAUCUCUAAUAUUGUUGGCAUACAUGCAUUGUACAUACCAUUGUAUGGUUAGAUCUCUGUUUCUAUGAUGAAUUUUGUGGUGCUUUUUUCAUUGUCUUAAAUAUUAUCUUUGAGGCGAUACAUCACGGUUUAAAGAGGGACUGAUUGUAAGUCCUUCAAAAAGUUAUCUAGAAUGUUAUUGCAUAUAGACAUUAUGGAAGUCUAAUAUUUUAUAUUUGUUCCUAUAUUUAAAACAGUUUUUGUCUUUUAAAACACUUAUUAGUUCAUGUGUCUACAUGAAUGAGUGUACAUCCACACCGCCAGAAUGCAAAGCUUCUCUCCAUAUCGACAGCCAAGUCUGUUCCACUGUUUUCUCAAAGGAGGGAAGCACAACAGCAAAAAGCCUUUUGACACACACUCAUCAGAUUGACCGCAGCUGUUUAACUUUUCAGUCUUGGCAUGAACCGCAGAGACCCGGCGCACCAGAUUAGAUUUGGAAUCAGCCUGUCGAUGAAAUUAACUCAUUUGGUGGCUGUAUCUCCUCAGAAAAUCAGUUUACCUCACUGUCAAAAUAAAUUGGGGAAAUUAGGUUGUUGAUAGAUACCAGAGGUUUUUCUGCAGUGGGCUGUGAUCACGUAGGACACCCUAUACUUCUGCUGGACCGUGAUUCAUCUUUAGCUGUGCUCCGUUACGAGCUUUCACAAGUUUAACAAAUUUCUCCCCCUAAAGAAAAUGAAGUUCCCUAACGUAUCACGCUUAUUAUUACUGGUCUGAAACCACGAGUGUCUGGCUUCACAUUAUGCUACUUCAUAUUUAUCAACCUAAUGUGCAGCAGCAUGAGUUCACUGUUCAGAGGAAAAAAUACAAGAACAGAAAGUGUCUCAUUGCCAGUGAAACUAAUUUAUCAGAGAAUUUAAAGGAAUACAGAUGUUAGCAAGCGGAGACAACGUUCUUCUCCUCACUUUAAAGGGAGUCUGUCCAUCUACAGGAUAGUUAGUUACAGGAUGAUGGUAGAACAUCAUGUAACAGAAACACAAAUAGAAGAGUAAUCAGGUCAAUCAGCUGACUCAGUAAUGUCAGUUACACACAAUAUCGAUCCAGUGUUAGCGAACAACAGCUAGCCUAAGACGCCAUUAGCUAAGUUUUAUGCAAGAACGAGACUGUAGCAGCUAAAUCCCGAGUGUGCUGGACCUAGCAAGUUUUAUUGCAGUUUAGCUUUUCAUUUGUAACAGAACGAAUGUGCUAAUUCAUCUUUCAGUUCACUCUCUCUUCCAAAUAAAUUUAGCUAAUCAAACUCUUUGUUUAAAACCCGUAUGAUCAUCAGACUGUGGUUCUUUUUAAAGUUCCUCUCCAGAUGUUUUAAACGUAGCAGACGUAUCAGAACGGUUAGCGCAGUUAGCAUCUUUUAUUUGUUUAUGUUGUUUGUUAGCUUGUAACCACCUGGCAGUGGCUGACACAGUGUUAGCGGUUGUGCUAAUGCUAACUCUCGCUCUCUCUGUAGUGACAAGGUUUCAGGUGUAUUUAGCCCCGCCCCCUGUCCCCACAAGUCAUCAGGAUUGGUUCCUUAGGUUUGUGACAUAUGAAACCCUGGCUGUCUGUUUAUGAGACUGUCAUUGGUUCACUGCAGUUCAAGGUGGAAACACUCAGUCAUGGUGUUGAUGAUUAUUUCAUCAUCAUAUAUCUGUAUUAUAUAAAAGCAUUAUAUGGAUGUUAACGAGGUUAAAAUCUUGAUUUUCAUAUGAGGAGGUCUUUAAUAAUGUUGCAGAGUUCCCUAAUCUUAAUUAUCUUGAUGAGUAUAUUUGCUAUUACUGACAAGAAUCAUGCAAAACUACUAAAAUAAGACUCGAGAUUUAAUAAACCAAAGUUUCAAGUAUUGGAAGUAGCUCCUGCCGCUGCAUGUGUUGGGUAAGAUAACAUUAAAACGCUGUACUUAUGAGUUAACUGCUAAGAUCUUGGAACGCUGCAACAAUGCUAAAAGAAGCACAAACUUAAACCAAACCUCAGAUUAGCCAAACUCAUUUGGAAGAGAAAACUAAAGUUAAGUGUCAUAUUAUUACCCAAGUAAUAAUAAACCAGUUUUCCUUUUCGCCUCUUUGUUGCCUUGUUCCCCUAAAGUCUCACUUCCUCCGUUAACUAACUCGGAUUUGCGCUGAAGCUUCCGCUCUGAUUACAGCCAACGGCAGUUUUGACCUCUCCAUUAAAUUGCCUGAAUGUCAACCUAAUGAGUGUGUAUCUGCCACCAACAGCAUGAACUACCAAGGCUCUGCAAACACACACGGGCUCUGUUAUGGCCUUAUGAGCAGAGCUCCUCAACCCGCUUUUCUCUACCUUUUCAGAAGUGUCUUGUUUGAACCAGUGAAACACAGGGGCAAUGCAAUCCUUAAAACACUGAUGACCGAGCUGCGUGGGUCGGGAAGAUUGUACACUAAAGCACAUGGUGGGGUGGUAUCCACAAGCGUUCGCCUUAGACUUUAGACUUGACAGUGUAAGCUACAUUUAAUGAUGCAAAAGGAGAUCCCAGAUGACCCUUCACUGCCCUGAGAGGUGCAGCUGAGUAAAGCUUCUCCGUGGACGAUAGAUGCAGCUGAGCUCUUAAUCUCAUAGGCGGGGAGGUGGGAGGUGUAGCGUAUCAGAUGAGGCAGUCUCGCUGAAAUUAAAAGAUGAUCCUCGAAAGCUGCUUCUCUUCUCAGCUGAUGUCACACAUCAUACUGAACAAUGAGAAUUAAACUCCAUUAUAGCCACUUACAGGACCCAGGUCCCUCACUACGCUGCUGUUCCCCGCUGCCUCAGUGGCUCCGUUCACUUUAAUAUCAAGUGAUUGUUCACUCACAGCACAGGGGACAAACUGACUGUAGCACUUCAACAUGUUGAACCCUGUGAAACAUCGCCGUAGCAUCGUAACAGCAGCGGCAGGGUCAAAGUUCAACUUUAAACCACUCAAGAAUAAAAGUUAUACAUCAUAAUUAAAUAGCUACGGAAAUACUCUCACUCCUUUAGGAAGCAGGUGUAGAUGACUACAGAACAGACAGUCUCGACUCAAGGCCCAGUUACUCCCUUGUUCUGGAGCUUUCAGCUAUAUCACAUGGUCUUCUACCAAUGUGCUUUCCAAAAUCACUCCCCUAUUGCUCCACAAUAACCUUUUACCAGUUUAAGUGGAGUGUUCAAAAUUCCCAGUGUAAAGUUUGUGCUCCAGAUAGUUUCCCCAGUCUCCAUGACAUGUACACUAGUUCACAUACACACAGCAAACAUUACAGCCGUGUGACAUUAAACAUGUCACUGACACAGAAGGAUGAUGACUCAGACAUGACUCCAUUUGCUCCUUAAUACAGACACAUCUACUGACCAUCUGUUAUAUGGGGAGCAGUGAAAGAGAGUCUGGACUUUAACUAGCAACGGUUGAAGUGACGGCUAUGUAUACAUUCCCAUGUGUUGCCGUAGUGAUGGAAAUCAAAGACUGCUAAACAUUUAACUCUAAUAAUGGCUACUUUACUUCUUCAGGAAACCAAGGUCGCUCUGACGCUCUGAGCUAGAGCUGUUGAUAUUUGCUUUAGAGACAAUUUAAUAUCAGAUGAUGAGUUUGAAUAAAUCCAUUUGUUACUUCAGCACCACGGACAGCGUCAUGGUUUCAUCAAUACACAACACAGUGUGGCAGGUUAACAACAGUUUGUGUUAACAAAGGUGUUAACACCCCCCCACCCCCUUCCACGUUGACUUAAAAGUUGAGCUUGACGGUUAAACCGUGAAUGAUUAAGUUUGAUGAUAAAUACAAAUACAAAUUCAAAACCAAAUAUGACUUUGGCACCUGUUUUUUUUUUUGGCACAAAAAUACUCCCAUACAUAUUAAACUAAACACCGAACUCCAUAUGAAAGAGUUGCAGAGCGUCGGGCAGUGAAGGGUUCAGGGUCUCAGCAGCACAUAAUAAAAACCCAUCUGCAUUCCAUCCCUGCCCAGAGAUACAUAUCAUAAGGGAAACCAGAGCUGUUCUUUUAUUUUAUUUUUUAAAAUUAAAUUUGUUUUGUUUCGUUUUGUUUUACCGUGUUUGAAUGUGAAUAAUGUCAUGGAGUCCGUCAGAGGAAUGAUAUGCAGUGUUAAGGAAUAUUUACUUCUAUCUCAAUGUACCAUAGGAAAUGCUCUCCCUUGAUUUUCUGUCUUGCUCUCCUGGUGAGAGGCAUCUAGAUGUUUUUUCUUUUCCUUAUUUUUUUUUUUUUUUUGAAGCUGGAAAACCUUCACAGCCGAAGAAUGUCCACAUCCACCCCUGAAGUGUCCGGCCAGCCCUCAGGCGCUUGGACACAGCAGGAGCUGUUAUCUGUUCCUUUAGGAAACAACUUCACAAUGCUGAAUUACUCUUGUUUGUUUCUGUUGAAUGUUGUACCGACGUAACUGUAAUACUCUACUAUCUAGCUCACUGCAAAGGUGUUACAUAAAUGGUGUGUGCUUUGCAUUUCAUUUGGCAGCUCUGUGGAAAAGACGCUCUGUUAUUUGUCCUUGGGAACAUCAACUCACAUCUAAGUGUAAAAAAAAAGAAAAGAAAAAAGGAGGAGGAACUGGAACUUGGCUGGCUGAUCUGGACAUCCAGGUCCUACUUCACUCAACACACACAUUUAUGAUUUGGGACAAUGACAAAGAGAAACUAAUGAAUGGAAGAAAGGGGCGGCCAAGUCACCUCAGCACCUGAUAUUGUCGAUAUGUUCUGUUCCUGUUUCAUGUCAAACAACAGAGCUGCCCCCUCCCCGUUCUACACCAGGAAGCCAAUCAGCUGUCGUCAAUCAAUCAAACCCAAUCAAUCGACAGCUAUUUGGUUAACAGGUCAAAUGAUGAACUAGGAAUUGACUGAGCAAGUGAAUAAGUGCUUUGAAAACCAACAGGAUUUGAUUUAAUGAGAUUUCAUCAGCUGUAGUUAAUAGUAGAAGCCAAUAUGGAAAAAUCGCCCCUCAGAUGUUCAGACAGCAUCCACUGGGAACAUGUUAAAGCUGCACUACUAAAUAUUUUUAUAUAAAUAAUGGAUCACAUACUGUAACUGUGUGUAAUGUGAAAGGUGUCACUCCUAAAGAAUGAUCACACACAGAGUCCAUUUCGGACUAACAUUUGUGAGGAAGACAGAAAGUAUGUGUGUGAGUGCACAUUUGGCCAAUUGUCUUCAAGACAAUUAAUUAUAAUUAUAUGACUUGAGAAUCUGGGGCAAAUUAAAGGUAGAAUUGUCCUUUUUGAUGUUGAAUAAAGUUUUGAAUGCCUGAUAAAUACAAAUACUCACUUCCCUGGAAUACUACAGUACGGAGGCCAAGAAAGGCCAUUGUCGCAAAUAUUUUUUUAUCCUGUUAUCCCGAGAUAACGAAGGUCGUUAUCCCGAGAUAAGAUAUUAUCAGGAGAAAAUUAGUUUUUAAUUUUUUUGCUCUUUUGUUGAAAUCAUUUUCUCCUGAUAAUAUCUCAUAAUUAAAAAAUUCAUUAAAAGGAUAAAAAGAAUAUUUUCGGUUAUGGCCGUUGUUAGCUUCCGUACUACAGUAUAAUGACGAUGGUGAGUGUUUAAGCUAAAGGACACUAAAAUAGAAAAACCCAGGACAAUUUCCAGUUUCACUGUCUUGGCAGCUGCCACACAGCUGCCACACAUUAUAGGCAGCCAAGAUGGCUACCCAAUUGCUAGCAUUGUAGUCAAACCAUGUAAACCUAAAUGAGCUAUUUUUAUUGAGCUACAUAUUUUUAAUUGCAUUUUAACAAGUGAACCCAGAUAAAGAAGUGUUAUUAAUGAUGUUGUUUUCACCAAGUAUCAGAUGUUCCCAGUUUAUGACUCAAAUAACAGGUAGGAGGUUGUUUUUUCCGCUCAUUAGUACCGUCUGACCAAUAUUAGCUAAGCGGUGGCUAACUAGCUACUCAGCCAAUAAAACCACAAGAAAACACAAAAACAUAGCAGUAAGGUUAAACCCUGUAUCAUCGCCACAUAUCAGUCCAACUCUAAAUGAACCAGGAGCCAGAACAUGUCUGUGGACCUCAGUAUCAGUCGUUACAGUAGCUCUGUUGUCUGUCCUCAAGCUGUUUUGGUAGACAUCACAAACUGUCCAUAGUUGCCUUUUUUCCAUCAGUUACAGAGAACCUCACCACCAAUCAUAUGCAGUGUUGUAUAGUCAUGUUAACAUGAGACAUGAUGGUCACAUCUUUCUGGCCAUGAGGGUGGAAACGGGCAGGGACUGAUGUGGAUUAAUCCCAUCAGCCCCUGUUGUUGGCCCGUAGGGUGAAGUUGACCUCAGGAGCUGCUCCGAGGUUUGAGCUUCGAUCUUGUUUGCUCUCCAUUUUAAAUAUUGUCUUUGUUUGUACAUUAACAUAUGCUUUUUAUGUUCAUAUACUGUUUAACUUUACCAUGAACUGUCCUGGCAAAGUAAUAAAAUAUAUUUAUUUUAAAA